AUGACAAUCCCUACCGCUGCCGGGACCCUCCCUCCUAACAAAGACGAUACCUCAUAUGAGAAGCCAAUAAACAGCACAAGGUUUUAUAAGCAAAAUAUUGUUCCAAUCUUUCAUAAUAUAACCAAACAACAACACAAUAACAAUAGCAGUGGUAAUAAAUAUAUCAAAUUAAGUGGAGAUAAAGAUAUUGAUAAUAUAUCUGCAUAUCUUUCAAAAAUUAAUGAAAAUUCAAUCCAUCUAAAUACCAAGCUCUCCGGACACAAAGAACAAGAAAAAAUUAUACAUCAUCAUAAACAAACAAAUUUAUCAUAUAAGUUGGCCAAUAAUUCUGUGCCAGUUUUUGAAGUAACAAAAGAAUUAUUAUUCAUCAAUAAUUUGGAGUCUCCUUUGCGAUUUUACGAGGGAGUUAAAGAUUUAGGUGAAAAAUACGGGUGCAUCAUAGUUAAAUUUUUAGAUGACAUACAUAAUAAUUUGAAUGAAUCGUUUUAUAAAGAUUUGGAUUCUUUUAAAUUUAAAACGAAAAGAUUAUUAUAUGAUAAUACAACAAAUGAUAACUUGCUUACCAAACUGGAAUUUUAUAAACAGCUGUAUGCGUAUCAUUGUAAUACUGGAAAUACUACCGGUAUGCAUGCCACAAAACUUACCAGAAUACCCAAUAUCGGCAAAAAACCAUUGGAUUUAUACAGAUUAUACACUUGCCUCCAAACGCAUGGGGGGUAUAAAAAUGUUUGCCAGCGAAAGUCAUGGCCACAAGUAGUUAGAGAAUUAGGCUAUCCUCCAUCCAUGAUCCAAUCAGUGAUUACACCGAUCAAAGCAGCAGCCAACAAGAUAUUUGAUGGUUUUACAUUUGAUUGUAGUAAUAAGAGACGGCAUGAACUUAACGAUGAAAGUGAAAAUUGCCCACCUUUUAAAAAAGUUUGCUGUCAAGUUUUAAAUUCUUCAAAAGAGUUUAACAGAUUGACAGAUCUCCUCAUAUAUAAACAAAAAUUUUAUUUUGAUAAAAAUGGUAUUAUUACGAGCGACAGUGUACCCAUCAAAAAAUACAAUGACAAAACAUUUACGUUUUGGCACAAUGGCAUGGCCGAGGAUUACACCACGUUGAACAGCAAGGGUGUUAUGAAAUCUACAUAUUCCCUAAGACAAUUCAUUUAUAGAAACAAAGCCUUUUGCAUGAAUAUAUUAAAUAAUAAUUUUAAUAUACACACUGGAGAUGUAUCAAAAUACGAGCUUUCUGAUUUUGAAAAUGUUUAUUGGAGGUUGUUAAGCGAAAAACAUAAUAACUUACCUAUACAAGUGGAAAAUAGUGUAUCUGUGUCAACAAAAUUGGGGAAUCCUAGUAAUAUAUCGAAAUCAUUAAAUUUUUGGGACUUUACUAGAAUUACCGAUGAAUCUUUGCUGAAGUAUGGAAAUAUUGACUAUAGUAACAAUUUACACUCCAAACUAAACGUAUCAAUGUGUUUUUCUGUAAAAAAUUGGACCACCAUUGAAGAAAACACAUAUUUACCCAAUGUGAAUAUGAUUCACCUCGGUGCUUCGAAACUAUGGUAUGUCAUUCCAUCCAGUGAUACAAUACGAUUUAACAAUUUAAUGAGAGCGUCGAUGGAAAUGACAAAACAUUGUACGAAAACAAGUAACAUUACACAGGAUAUGUUUGCUAGUUCGGAUUUUUAUCAAAAUUUUAUAAAUACUUCAGAUGAAUUAUUUUUUAUAAAUAAUAAUAAGGAAGUUGAUUCUGAUUAUGAAGAGGGUAAUACUUUUUCGAUUAGUCCCGAGGUCUAUCAAUAUAAUAAUAAUAAUAAUAAUAAUAAUAGUAAUAAUAAUAAUAUUCAACUAUCAGUUAAAGAUAUACUAAAAGAGGGAAUCACUGUAAAUAAUUUUGUUCAAGAAGAAAAUAGUUUUGUUUUCACCUAUCCUGGUGCUACAACCUUUAAUCUAUCAAGUGGUGUUUCCAUAUCAGAGGAAAUGAAUUUUUGUGCAUGGGACUGGUUUGAAUCAUACUUUUAUGGCCAGAUAUCAAGUAUACUUGAUGAACCUAAGAAAUUAUGUAGUAGUGAGGCAUUAGAAUCUGUUCCAUCAUUACAACUUUUGAUGUCAAUUUAUUUAAAUGGUUCUAGUUUAGAAUCCUAUAAUGCACAAUCAAUAAUGCAAGACUUACUUAAACAAGAAAUUGAGCAACGCAAACUCGUCCAAAGGAUGUAUCCGCAUUUGACCAUACGUUAUAACAAAUUUGAUUACAUUUCUGACAUUAGUGCCCAAUACACUGGACUAUCCAAAAUGAUGAUUUGGUACGAUGAAGACAAUGGCUAUAAAUUGAAGCAAUUGUCACUAAGUGAAUUUUUAAAAUACAAUGAUACUUUGCCAACCAGUAAGAUAGAGUUGCAUUUAUAUUAUACUACCGAAACCUUGUAUUUCCUAAUAAAUGAUUAUGAAGAAGAGGAACAAAAUUUCAAGCUGAUACCACUCUUGAAAAAAAUAGUCAAUGAGGAUUAUAAAAAUGAGCAAAUUCCUAUCGAGAUUUUUGAAGAGAUGCUAAUUAAAACAUACAGGAAUGAAAAAGAUACUUUAGUUUGGAAAUAUAUUAAGAAUUAUAUUGAGUCAAAACAAGGUGAAAUGAAUCAAGUUUGUGAUGCAUUUCUUGAAAAUUAUAAUAAAGUGAUGACAAAUGUUAAAGUCCAAUCGAUUUUAGAUACUUUUACUUUGAUCAAAAAUAACAAACAUAUAAUUUUAAAGCUUUAUUCUAUACCGAAGGAAUAUUUGAUUGAUAUGGCUGAUUUAGAGAGGUUGGUACACGUUUUGAAAACACAGUCUUCUAUCAUAACAUUGCAAAUGAAGCAAGUUUUCGAAUUGUACAACGACAUUAAAGAGUUUCAAAAAGAGUGUAUGGGUAUGGCAACAAAGGCAGAUUAUGAUAUAGACCUUGUGGAGACAUCAAAAUUAUUGAAAAAAGGUUUGGAUUUCAAAAUAUACCAACCGAUUUUAUCUGUGCUACUGACUAAAUUGCAAAAAAAACAGUGGCUACUCUUAUAUAAGGAAACUCUUGAAUCAGCAGGCACUUCAGUUAAUGUGACAUCAGAUUUUUUAAAAAAUUUAUUGGACACAGGCAUACAGCUCAGAGUUGAUGAACCCUUACUAAUUAAUGUAUCAGAAACUUUAAAGGGUGUUACCAAAUUCAACUUAAAAUUUGAUGAAUUAUUUAAGAAAAGGAAAAGUAAUCAUUUGUGCAAAAUUCCAAUAGCCGAUAUCGAGCAUUUGCUAAACAUAUUAAACUCAAACAUAGGUGCAUUUAUUGAAGAAGAAAUCAAAUGUUUCUUAUUAAACAUUCAUGACUCUGUAAAUGCCUCCAGGACGGGGAAUUUUACCUUUGCCAACAAACUAAAGUAUAAAAAUGAUGAAUUGAAAAAUAGAUUAAUCAGUAGAGUUAAUAGCAACUAUGGUUUCCUAGACGAUGAACUUGUAUCUUAUUAUAAUCAAUCAACGAAUGACAGGAGGAUGAAUAAAUUGGAUGUACCACCAAAUUGUGAAUCAGUCUGUAAGAAAGAGUUGAAAAAAUUGAAUGAUUGGUUGAAAAAUUUUCACUUUUAUUUUAAGGACCUGCGACAUUUAAAUGACUUAGUUGCAAAAACUGCCCGAUGUUUUAAUCUAGAAAAUGACAGAUAUUUACAUGAAAAUGAUGAUUUGUACUGUUUUUGUCGUUCCAGCGAUGAUGGUCAUACAAUGGUACAGUGCGAAAUAUGCAAAGAUUGGUAUCACAGCGAGUGCUUGAAUACAGAAACAUUAUCCAAUGAGUAUAUAGAAAUGACAUUGGAGCAAAAAUCAUUCUUAUUAAAAACAAAUGAGGAAGAUAAUGUCUUUAUUUGUUCUUUAUGCUACAGCGGUCAAAUUAAUUUAAAAAAAUACGAUGGAAUUAAAUUUCAAGAUUUACAGAAAAUGCUAAUUGAUAGUAUAAAUCUUCUUAUUGUUCCAGAAGAUAGUAGUAUUAUAAAAAAACUUUUUGAAUUUUAUGAAAUCAGUCUGAACUAUAAGAGAUUUUUGAGUGGGACCAUCUUUGGUCAAGCUAGUGAUGUCACCAUUGCAACUGCUGCUGUUGCAAAUAACAAUCAGGGUAACAAAUUGGAAAUUCCGUUAGGAUUAAGCACUGAGAAAUGUAAAUUUUAUCUAAGGAAAUUAUUGGGUGGUAACUGUCAUUUAACUGAAGAAAUUAAAAUUAUGAAACGAUAUAUUAGGAAACAUGAUAUUAAUGAGUUAAAUAAAUUGAAGAGAAGGAAGAUGGAAAUUAUAACUGGCUAUCCAUUAUGUGAACAACCAAAAGAGAUGAACAAAUCAUUUAUAUCGUUACCAAAUAUUUUAGACUCUUCAAUGAGCAAAUCUAAAAAGACAAUGAUUAAUGAUGAACUUAAUGUAAUGACACAAGAAAAUUUAUAG